UUUCCCAGAUGACCGAGCGUGCAAACAGCUUCUGUAUCUGUUACAGACAAGAGAACUAAAUAUAGUCCGAGCCGGACAUCAACAUGCGCAUGUAAAUCUCACAGACAUCGGCUCACUUUAGAGAAUCUCCAGCUGUACACCGUACUUCUGUCAUCUGUUAACUAGUCCUGAUUGUUUUCCGCUGGCAGGAUUCACUUCUGCGAGAGAAGGGUGAGUCGCCGGGCCUUCGCUGCGCAAUCACUGAUGACCGUUCACGUAUGAACCAUGUGACCCAAUCAUCUGAAACGAGCGUGUACUAAAGAGAGACGAGGUUUGGACCUUGACACCUGCCCGCUGAAGGCAGAUUGUUGGCAUUAAAGGCCAUGGGACUGUCAGAUAAAGCUGUGAUCGGCCGAGGCCAAAACAGUCCUGACCCGCUGGUGCGUGAGGCCUACCUGAUGGCAUAUGACUACAUCAACUAUGUGACGGCCAAACCGGGCGUCCCGGUGGGUCCGGCGCCGUCCCGCGCCACGGCCGCCCUGCGUCACGCUGGAGACGAGCUGCUCACUCGCUUCCCCAUCUUCUUUCGCCGCUGGCCGCGUGUCUUUCAGGACGUGACGGACCGGACGGCCUGCUCGACGCUCGUGUCCAUUCUGGACGAGCACUUCGCCCCCACGCGGCACAGAGACCUGGCCUGGAGCGCCGUGCUGUCCGUGUUUGUUCUCUCCGGGCAGCUGGCCAUGCACUGCCAGGAGAGGGGCAUGACUGAGAUCCUGCCCCAGAUCCAGGAGUGCGUGGGCAGCUACGUCGAGAGGGUCAUCUGCCCCGAGAUCAGGGACAGAGGAGGAUGGUCGGGGUUUAUCAGUCGUUUCGGCGAGAAGCAGAAUCUGGAAGACCAGGUGAAGAAGGUCUGCUGCUGGUCCCUGCUCCUGCUGUGUUUCGGGAUCUUCUCCUACCUUGUUUGGAGAAGAAAAGCUUAGACAACAGCGCCAUCUGCUGAAAAAAUGUAAUAAGGACAUUCAUGAUCCGCUUGGUUUGUGGUAAGAGUUGAGAUAACGCAUUUCAGUAUUGCUAAAAAAACACAAAAUGUUAUCAAUAAAUACCUUUAUACACAAA